ACGGGAAGUUACAUAACAUAUAUAAUCAUCAACAUCCUGCAUUUCAGCUUUUCCAGUUGAAAGAUGAGCUUUAAAAACAAAUGGAACGAGGGGAAAGGUAGAGAAAUGGUCAAUAAAGGGGAUGACCUAUUAAAGAAAAGUGAUGAUACAUAUAUUAUUCGGACUCCAGCAUUAGGAAGGCCCUUCCGCCUAGGAAUGUUAUAUGACCGAGUACACGAUACCAUUAUUCCUGGAGAAACGUUGCUUACAAUGGAAGAUAUGGAAAAUCAUACAUUCAAAGAGAAUAGAAACGGGUGUUCGUUUGAGGUAAUAUAUGGAGACACUUUUGAAAAUAAAUCAGUAGUUUUCAAUGGCGAUGCAAAUCUAGAACUUAAUGUGUUAACUGGAAAAGUGACAUUGGGCAGUUCAGGGAAAUUUCUCAAGAACAAAAUUUCAUCAAAGAAGCAGUUGCGAAUUACGUUGACAGCUGAAUAUAUAAUGUUGUACAAGGAAUUAGAAAUGAAACAUUUUCAAUCGGAAAUUUCAAACACAAAAGCAAAUGCUACUCAUAUAGUUACUGCUAUUGAAUAUGGAACAAAUGUAGCAUUUGCAUUUGAAAGAUCAAUAUCCAAUAGCGAAGACAUGCAAGAGGUCAAAGGUGAAUUAACGGGAAUGAUUGACUGCAUACCCAGUUUUCACGCAUCAGGAAAAGCAGAAAUUAGCAUGAAGAAUAUCGACAAGCAAAAGGCAGAAAAUAUAUCUUGCAAAUUCUACGGUGACAUCAUACUCCCCUUUAAUCCAACGACAUAUGAAGAGGCUGUUCGGGUCUACAAAGAGCUUCCAUCCUACCUUAAAGAGGGUAAAGCAGUGCCAGUGACAGUCUGGCUAUAUCCAAUCCAUAAAAGAAUAACACCUGAAAACAAGGUUUUACAAAUAACCAAUAAGGAAAAGAUGAAGGAGGCUGUAAUUGCACUGGACGACCUGCAACGAAUCUUUGUUUCAUGUAAUGACAUUAUGUCGGGGCAAGCUUAUGUUCAUAUUCCAGAAAUCAAAUUCAAGAUCGAUAAAUUUCGAAGAAGUGUUCAACAUUUUCAAGAAGACUUUCAAGACCAAGUCCUCAAUUAUCUUUUGAAUGAAGACAACCAGUCAACAGACAAAAUGCCACCGCGGCAGGAUACGAUAGACAAUAUGACACACUGGAUUUCAGAAAAUGCCGAAAUAGAAAUAAGUUUGUUAAACAUGUAUAUCAACAAAAUUAAGAAAGAGAAAAUAGAAAUAUUACCCAAAGUAGGAGUUGAUGCGAAACUGUUUGAACAUGAUCAUCUGAUCAUUUUAGACAUCGAUUUACCAUUUUCAAGUGGGCAGUAUGUACAAAAAGAACCUGAUAAAAGCUCUCAUUCUACGACUCAACAGCAAGAGUCCUCUGUUAAACAAACGUUACCCAGUAUGCAAGAGUCUAGACAUCACGAACCUAAAACAUCUUCUGCAUCUGCUGAAGUUAACAGCUGGUAUACAGAUUCCAAUAUCAAAGCAUAUGUUCGAAAGACAAUCAAACGUUUUGUCACUUUAAAUUCCACAAAAGCUAGUCACUUUAAAUUUUUUGUUACAUUUACAGACCGCAUUGUACCACACGAUAAGUUAUCAUCUUGUGCCUCUGUAGUGUUAUAUGAAGAUGGGAAGGAAACUAAACUAAUUGAUUUUUUUUCCCCUGUACUUGAGAAAAUGCUGUGCACAGUUGUAGGGGAUGUAUACCGGGCCUUCACCGGAUUCCGGUUUGCAGAUGGGAAAUUGUUAAAAAAAUAACUUUUACUAACUAUAAUAAAUGUGACGCUAGUGUGGUCUGUGCUGUAUAAAAAUUUUAGAAUGUUCGCCACUGUCUAACAAGAACACAGAAUCAACAAACACAGUUAACUCAGUUAUGUAUUUAUAAACUAUAUGUGAAUAUACAUGAGUUUGCAUAAAAGGAUAUGUCGGCUAUUAUACGUUAUUAAGACAGCAACAUUAUGACAAAAACAAAACAAAUGACCGUUAUCCUAUUCUGCUAGCUUUAUAAACCUAAGACGACAAGUUCUUUGACGUCUUAUCACAUUCAGUAAUUACAAAUCUCAAGAUUUCAUUUUCAUCUAUUUGUUAAAAAAAUAUCCACAUGGUCCAUCCUUCAACUUGGAAUGAUCUGUUCAGUAGAUGUUGUAUUUUUUUUAUCCAAUCACAAUAUAUUGAUUGGAACUCAAAAAAGUUCGGACAGUAAAUACUGCAGUUCCAUUCGAUUACUAUGGAUGAAAUGCACUAAGAAAAACAUUGUGUGUGUAUAGAUUGUAACCCCGACGUUGAGUAUUAUUUGACUCAGGCUUCGUUAGGUUUUUAAAUUGUUACAAACUUGGUUAAACAAUGAAAAGUUACGACGCAGUUCAUCACAGGAACCAAACAUAGUGACUACAAAAUGAAUUUUUAGGAACAAAUUGGCCAAUUUCUUCGUAUUUGUUUUUACAUCUCUGUACGUUUGCCUUUUUUACGAUGUGUAAGUUAGUGAAUGUUUUAUUUACUUACGUGCAAUCUGAUGUUAUCAUCAACAUGUGACAGAUUAUUCUUAAUUAGUCUGACUGCAUUAAUAACCGAUGUCAAUGUACGUGUAAUCAGUAAACUUGUUGAUUAUUAUUUCUUUAGAGAUUAACAAGUGCGUGGAUCAAACAGUCCUUACCUGAAGUGAGUUGACUCGACCUUUAGAUUCUAAAUAUAGAUUUGCGUUUCUGUUUGUUUAUUGUUUUGUUUUUGUUUUGUUUAUAUUAAGGAAAAAAGGAAAAGAAUAUUUUCUUAUGUAACAAGUGAUUUUCUUAUUAUUAUCCCAGAUUUAGUACAGGGUCAUCACCUGAAAUGACCGGUAAUUCUAUGAACACAGAUGUUGGUUCUAGAUCAUUAAUAUAUAUUUAAAGUUACAAAAAAAUCUUCAAAUCACUUA